GAAGAAGAAGCGCCGUGCACAAACAACACUAGGGAUUUUCGCGAGAGAUUUCUUAUCGCUAAACAGGGAUGCGAUGUUCUGGUGAGUAGAAGCUGAAAGAGGAAAAAACUCUAUCAGCAAAAGAUAUCUCUGGCAACCAUGGCUUCAGAGCUCCAUGAAACGAUCUUUAUGGCCAAACAAGAGCGGCACAAGAAUCUUUUCCUGAACUACAGAAACCUCAACAAUUUCCCUGUCGAGCUUCUUAAAGAUGAAGGUCUGCAGUUCUUAGAGAGACUCUACAUGAAGAGAAACUCCCUCACAACACUGCCUGAGAAUCUUGCCCAGAAACUUCCUAACCUGAUUGAAUUAUACCUGCACUCGAACAAUAUUGCUAUUAUUCCUCAAGCUAUUGGCAACCUGGUGAAGCUGCAGUCACUGGACCUGAGUGACAAUGCUCUGCAAGUCAUCUGCCCAGAGAUUGGUCAACUGCGCUCAUUACGACACCUGCGAUUGGCCAACAAUCAGCUGAAAUUUCUCCCACAAGAGCUUGGAGAUCUGAGAGAGCUGGAGACACUCGAUGUUUCCAUGAACUUCCUGAGGACUCUGCCAGAGCGUCUGCACAGGUGUCUGUCCCUGCAGUGCCUGACGGCAGACCGCAACCUCCUGCACUGCCUUCCUCGCCAGCUCUGCCUGCUGCCUGACCUCAAUGAGCUCUCCAUGGCCGCCAACUGCCUGACCUCACUGCCUCUGGAUAUGGGGCGCUCCAUGGAGCUGCAGUUUGUCUUUGUGGACAACAACACUCACCUGAAGGGUCUCCCAUCGUAUCUUUAUAACAAAGUCAUUGGCUGCAGUGGAUGCGGUCUAGCAACUGAGAUCUCUGACGUGAAGCAGCUCUCUUUGAGUCUGGGAGAUGUGACCGUUCCUCUCCCCUCUGAAGUGAAGGCCAUCUGCUCCGAGACUGACUGUGUAUUACCUCUGGAAGAGCUGGCGUGCAGAGUCCUGCAUGCGGCCCAUAACCGAACAAGUGCAGAUGUGCAGUUCCAGUUGCCUAAGAGUCUGCUGGAUGUGGUCCAGUGGCCUCUGGGUCACUGUCACCGCUGCAGUCAGCCUAUGUUCACCAUCGUCUACCCCAAACUCUUCCCUCUCAGAGAGACCGCACUCGCCGGUGUGCACAAGAGAACCACUGUGAGUUUUGUAGCGUACUGCUGCUCAAGCCAGUGUCUGAGGACGUUUGACCUGCAGGGCUGACAUCUCUCAUCUGCUGACCUCACAUCACUUCUCAUGGUGCUUUCAUAGUCAUGGAUGUGUAGGAAACUGCAAGAGACUUUCUGUUGAACUAAUACAGCUCUGGAAAAAUUAAGAGACCAAUGCAAAAAUCAGUUUCUCUGGAUUUACUAUUUACAGGUAUGUGUUUAUGUAAAAUUCACAUUUUUGUUUUAUUCUAUAAAGUACUGACAACAUUUCUCCCAAAUAAAAUAUUUUCAUUUAGAGCAUUUAUU